AUGGCGCUCUUCACUCGGCUCAAGCAGCAGGGGGCGCAAGGGUCGAGCGACCCACAUGCAAAAACGGAGAGUGCACCAAAGGCCAAAGAGGAAGAAACUGUGUAUACAUCAACCACUUCGCGCACGACUGUGACCAAUGAUGCAGGUCAACAACGCGAAUACACGGAAAAACAGGUCGAGGUAGUGCGCCGUGUGAAGCGUGCAGGCGGCGACUUUUACGCGGUGCUUGGCAUUCAAAAAACGGCCGAGGAAGGUGAGAUAAAAAAGUCAUACAAGAAGCUGGCGCUACAGCUCCAUCCUGACAAGAACCGAGCGCCAGGUGCUGACGAAGCUUUCAAGCGUAUGUAUUAA